UUGGCGUGAAGUCAUUAUAACGACAGACUCGAAUCUUCGUGCGAACUGCGAUAAAGGAGGCAAAGUCUCAACUUUCAACUUCAAGAUGUCAGUAAAUGAUAUAUAUUACUCAAAGAAGUACCAAGAUGAUUAUUACGAAUACAGACAUGUCAUUCUUCCAAAGGAGUUUGGUAAACGAGUGCCGAAUACACUUAUGACCGAACAUGAAUGGCGGUCAAUGGGUGUUCAACAAUCCCUUGGCUGGGAGCAUUACAUGAUACACAAGCCAGAGAGACAUGUGUUGUGUUUCAGACGACCCCUUCCUGGAGUUGACGUUGGAUCAAUACCCAACUGAACUAUUUUGCAACGUGGUUCUUUUGACUUAUAUGAUCUCGUGGGAUUAUGGUGUUUGUAAAUAAUUUACAGAGAUAAUUGAGUAAUGCUUUCAUAUAAAUACUAGUUAACCAAUAUCUUAGGCAUUUUGGUAGUGCAAUUUCGUUUCAAAUCCAAAUGCAGCAACAUUUGAUUUGCUCAGAGUAGAUUCAUGAAAUUCACACAGAUUGCAUAAGAAUAAUAUGGCUACAGAUUAUCAAAGUAGUUCCUUGGCAACUGAUUUGAAAAGAAGUCACAUGAAAGAACAUAAAUAGAAAUUAAUGCUCCUUUACUUCUGAACACAAAAAAAUUAUUUAUACAUAAAUAUUAUUUCAGUGGUUGAUGUAUUGCUUAUAUUACAAAAUUUAUAAUUUCUUUUUACACAUAAA